AUGCCCCCUAAACAGCAGCAAAAGCCCUCCUCUUCCAAAGUCAAGGAUGACAAAACUUUCGGACUGAAGAAUAAAAAUAAAUCAGCAAAAGUUCAGAAAGAUAUUGCUCGAAUUCAAAAUGAGCAGUCUCGUGCAGGAAAGAACAAACAAGAGGCUCAGAAGGAGAGGGAAAAGGCACUCCGCGCCAAAGAGAAAGCUGAUGCGGAAAAGCGAAAGAAAGAAGAGGGGGAACUCUUUAAACCAGUUCAAGUAGCACAGAAAGUACCUUUUGGUGUUGACCCCAAGACUGUACUAUGUGUCUAUUUCAAGGCCGGGAACUGUGACAAGGGGAACAAGUGCAAAUUCUCUCAUGACAGAGAUGUUGAGCGAAAGCAAGAGAAGAAGGAUAUUUAUUCUGAUUCACGAGACGAUAAGGCCAAUGAUACCAUGGAUAAAUGGGACCAGGAGAAACUGCAAAACGUCAUUCUUUCCAAACAUGGGAAUCCAAGGACAACAACAGAUAUUGUAUGCAAGCAUUUCAUCGAUGCAAUCGAGUCUGGGAAAUUUGGAUGGUUUUGGGAAUGUCCUAAUGGGGGUGAAAAAUGCAUGUAUCGACAUGCGUUACCCCCAGGGUUCGUAUUAAAAUCCGAAAGGAAGGCCGCAGAAGAGGCUGCGAAAGCAAACACAAUAUCGCUGGAGGAAUUCUUAGAGGUCGAGAGACACAAACUUGGGAGUAAUCUUACACCAGUCACCCCAGAAACGUUUGCCGUGUGGAAAAAAACUCGGCUGAACAAGAAGGCGGCAGAAGAGGAUGCUCUACGAAAGACGAAAGAUGCACAAGCUGCCGCAGGCAAAAAUGUUGGCAUGUCUGGAAGAGAUCUGUUUCAAUACAAUCCGGAAUGGUUCGAACAAGAUUCAGACGAAGAGCCCGACUGGGACUUUAGUGCUUAUCGGAAAGAAAAGCAAGAUGAAGAUGAUCGGGAGGAGCAGGAACUUAUACGCAACUUUAACGAAGCACAAAUUGACGGCGAAGAGGAGAGAGAAAGUAAUGUCGAAGACAAGGGCAAGCAGAAGGAAACAUGA